ACGACACCCGUCAUACUGUUCCUAUACAUAGGUCAAUGGAGUGUUGUCACGGAUCCCCGGAAUAGCAGUACAGUGUGAGGAUAUGUGACAAACUGACAGAGUCACGAAGAGUACUGAAUCCUGGUAUACAGAAAAGGACAUGGCAGAUUUUACCAGCGCCGGCAAUGCCGCGACGAUUUCCGAAAUAUGUGGAGAGAAUAUAUGCGUAAAAAGUAAUGGCCAAGUGGCGGAAUGGCAUCACGGGUACUCGGGCGGAAGUGUGUUUAGUGCAACACCUAUGGACCGGAACCAGGUAUACCGUAUACGGUUGUUUGACGGAAGUAGCCAUAUAGGCGUAGGGUUCACACAAAAGGACCCGUAUACCUUUCAGAAUAUUAGAAUAGCCUCAUCACAACACAAUUUCAAUGAGGUGGGCAAUAUCCGGCUACACAGGGCGGAACUCAUAGUAAAUGUCUCAUUAGAACCGGACAAGUUUGUCUGCAAGACGAACGAAACGUUACGAGGCACUAUCAAACCCGGGCCGGUGUGGAUUUACGUAAACAUCAAGUUUGGGAAAGCCAGAAUAUGCCUAGAAACAAAAAACUCUAAGAAGCUGCAUUUCCAUGACAUUUGUGGAGAAAAUAUAGUUUUGGAGGACAAGAAAUAUUUGGCAAGAUUAUCGAACGGAUACCCAUCUGCUGUCUGCAUCCUUGAGAAGCGACUGUCAGUCGGAGAUAAAAUCAAGUUCGAAUUGAAACCGAUUACUUCCGGUUCCGGUUCUGAAACGCCGCAUUACUAUCACGUGGCUUUUGGUGUGAGUAGCCUGAGUCCUCAGGAUUUAAGAGCUACAGCUCCUGAAAUAUUUUCAGUAAGCAACAUCGUUACGUCAUUGAGAUCACAAGAAUCAAAAAGCCAUCUCGGCAGAAUGGAAUGUUUCGAGAAGAGCGGAAGAAGUAAGGAUGAAUGCGAUGGGUUUCUAACCGUGACGCGAAAAUCCGAGACUAUUUUACAAUACAAACACACAAGACAGUCUGGGGCAGAUCAAGAAAAGACAAUCAAGUAUCCCGUGUACGUAUUUUUUGAACUGUUUCGUGCUUCUGUAGCUAUAACGGAGGACAAUAGUAGUUGCGGCUACGCUGUGAUGAGUGCAGCAGAUGGCGCCGAUGUCAACAGUUCCAAACCGGAAAUGGGAAAAUCCAAGGAACCAGGAGAGAAUACAUGGGAGUCACCUAGCGGGUGGAAAUCAAGUGGCGAUUUUAUGCAGGAUUAAUUUACUGAUCCUGGUGAAAUAAUACAAGUUAUUGCUACUGAAUAACUUGGGUUAUUUCAGGAGUAAGGAUUUAAAUUGUUUUUAUUUACUGAUAGCGUGUUAUAUGAUUUAUUAUCGUAAGAUUAAGUUAUCUCCCUUUUCACAUUGAAAAAAUGCAGACCCAAUAGACCUUUUUGUCGUGCACUGGAAGUGACCUUUCGGUUUUUGUUUUGUCACGAUGAACAAGCAAACCCUCCCAUCCUAUUCUUUAAUUUGGAUUGCAUUUCUAUGCCAGGUUUUUUUCCUUGCAGAUUAAUAGGAACAUCAAGGGAGUUUUGACUUUUUUUUUUCUUUUUUCUUUUUUUAUGUUUUGUUUUUUGUUUUGUUUUUGUUUUUUGUUUUAAAAAGCCUUAUCGCAGCUCGCUAUUAAUGUAAAAGUUUGGGCGUUCGCUCUCUUAAGAUCAGCCAAAUGGUUUUGUAUACAAUUAAAAAGUUGAUGUGUCUAGUAUAGACUACUGGUUUUGAUGACAGUCGGGUAGGAAACGAUGCUUUUAAUGGACUGCAGAAGGACUUCGCCAACACCAGUGGAGAAUUAUAAUCUAUUAACGUAUGAAUGACAAGUACAUUAUAUUCGAUAACCACUGGAUACUCAUUGAUCACUAAAUGUCUUCGAACAAUGGAAGCUAUUUGUUUCAAUUUUCAGUCAAAUUGCAUUUAAAUAUUUGGGCAGUUAUUAACACCUAAUGAUUGACAUGCAAGCAGUUAUUGACGUCCCUUUCGAUUGAUAUGUGGACAGUUAUUGACGUCCCUUUCGACUGAUAUUUGGACAGUAAUUGACGUCCCUUUGAUUGAUAUGUGGACAGUUAUUGACGUCCCUUUUUUAUUGAUAUGUGGACAGUUAUUGACGUCCCUUGACUGAUGUGUGGACAGUUAUUGACAUCCCUU